AUGAGGAGCCACGCUCUGAUCGAAGCCUUAGCUGAGGCAACACCCCAGCAGAAACUCCUUUGUAGCUUAGCAGCAAUCACUGCAUAUCUUGUCCUAGUAUCAUCAAUCCGCUUUCGCCGACGCAGCGCCCUGCACAAGAAAUACCCCUACCAAACCCGGGAUUCAAUGAGGAAGAUGACCAACCACGACGCCUGGGCAAUCCAGAAAACAAUUCUCCAGAUGGAAUUUCCCUUCAUCGUCCUUAAAUCCCUCCAAUUCGCUCUUUUCCGAACAUAUGGCAUUCCAACCAUAUCAACUCUGCUACUAAAGACCUCGCAGUUCUCUGACUCGGCAACUUCAUUCAAACGCUACGCCGACACCGGAACACUGAUAGGUGAAUUCAUGGCCUUUGACCCCAAUUCCGAACGUGCUCAGACUGCCAUCGCCCGAACCAAGUUCCUGCACAAGGGAUAUCGCGCAAAUGGGAAGAUUCUCGAAGACGAUAUGUUGUACACAUUGAGCCUCUUUGCGACGGAGCCUAUCCGUUUCGUCAAGUUGUAUGAGUGGCGCGAGAUGACUGAGAUGGAGCGCUGUGCAGUCGGGACAUAUUGGAAGAGUCUUGGUGAUGCACUGGAUAUCAGUUAUGCUAUAUUGCCGUCCGGGAACCUUGGGUUUCGGGAUGGGAUCCACUGGUUGGAAGAGGUCAGUAUCUGGAGUCGGGCGUAUGAGGCCCAGCAUAUGAAACCACAUCCACGGAACAAGGAGAUUGCGGAUAAGACGAUUGAUGUGAUGGUAUAUAACCUGCCGGUAUUUAUGAAGCCGUUGGGUGUGUAUUUUGCUUGUUGCCUGAUGGACGACGGGCUUCGGAAUGCGAUGAUGCUUGAUCGGCCCCCGGCUUUUUUCGCCGCGCUCUUUGGAUCAAUGCUCCAGUUGCGCAGACUGUACCUACGCUAUGUGGCUCUCCCAAGGCCAACCUUCAUGCGCCUGGAUGUCUUUACCGAAGAACCAAAUGAGAAUGGUCGGAAUUUCGUGUUAUUCUACGAAGGCGCACCGUUCUAUGUGCAGCCCACGAUUUGGAAUCGCUGGGGUCCCGUGGCGUUGUUCAAGCGGGCCCUGGGACAGCCCUUGCCUGGAGAUGGUGGGGACAAGUACUAUCCCCAGGGGUACUAUACCCCGGAUCUGGGUCCCAAGUACUUCAAAGGCAAGGGGCGCAAGGAGUUGGAGUUGAUCAAGGAGAGUAUUCGGAUGCAGCGAACGGGCCAAUGUCCAUUUUCAUAA